AUGCCGCCUCACUCAUUACGAUCCCCGGUCAAGAAAAACAGCAAAUGGUCCGCCGAGGAGGAUGCGAUCCUCAUCAGACUGCGGGAGGCUGGCACGAAGUGGAAGGACAUCUCAGAGGAGCUGACCGGACGCAGCGGCAUCAGUUGUCGACUCCGUUAUCAGAACUACCUCGUGAUGAAAAUCGAGUGGGACGAAGAGCGCAAGGACAAGCUGGCGAGGCUGUACGAGAGAUUCAAACACGAUAUGUGGGCCGAAAUCGCGGAGGAGCUGGCGGUAUCGUGGCGAGCGGCCGAGGCCAUGCACUGGCAACUGGGCUACGAAGAGAUGUGGCGCCGAGGACGAGUGGUGCACUUUGCGCCUUCGACCAAAAACUACGAAGUCCAGCCGGGCGGCGUCCGGGAAUUGCCGCGCCACGCGCACUCAUCCUCCCAUGGAAGUCUCCCACGAGACAUGGGCUAUGGCCGCGGCGCCACGCUGCCCUCAGGACGACCACUCGCCUCGCGAAGAGACAGCCUGCUCGCUUACCACCACCAUUGUCACGCCCCGGCAGAGACAUUCGCCUACCCGCACCACGGCGAGCCGCUCGCCCCGAUUCAGACGUGGCUGCAGCCACAGGGCCCGCCGCCUCCACCUCCUUCCCGCCAGGGCGGUAGCAUGGUGCUCCCUGGCGUGGCCGAGAUCACCACGGGCGUCAACCCAUACAGCACUCCGGUAUACUCGGCCAGCGCCCCCAGCGCCAGUCCCGCUCACAGCGCCAGGACCGCGGUCCCGGGUCCGUACAUACAGACCCGGCAGCAACGGUAUGCGAACGGCUGGCCCGUUUUAGAAUGCAUCAGCGCCUUUGAGAGACUUGCACAGGUGGCUUUCAAGCUACUAGAACCGUGGAUCCGGAUUCCAUUCCUUUCGGAGCUCUGCCAGUUCAUCACUUCCGUCCUUUCUGACAGUCGGUAUUCGGGCCAGGAGCUCGAGAAGAUCCUCAAAGAAGUUCUAGGCACGCGAAGCAUCGUGGAAUGUUCACAGGCAAGCGAAAUGGGUGCCAAGAUCGGGAUCCCGGUGGCUACUGUCCAAGAUAGCAGAGCUUGCGUCUUCACGAGCUAUAAUGGAGCAGGAGAGCGACCAGGAAGUUCAGGUGAUUAUCAGAUUAUACCUCCUAGUUGUGGCCUCCGGCACAUCCCUCUGUGGGAGAUAGUCAUGUGUGCUACGGCUGCGCCCUAG